AUGACUGUAAACAAAGAAUUGAGAGAUAUCCUGAACGGGUAUCAUGACAACAUAAAGUCGAAGAUCGGAGAAAACAAGCUGGACGAAGCCAUAUACCUAGUUGAUUCGUUAUCAGCAACAUUCAAGUUUCCACCUUCCUCCUAUGAUAGGUCGCCAUGCACCCCUUAUAGCAAUGAAGUGUCCGAAAAAUAUGAGAUUAAGGAGUAUGUGAACGCAUCCUUCAUUCCAACGUCGGAGACGUUGUUUAUAGCUGCACAGAAUCCAAAGGACGAAAAAAGAGAUGCUUUUAUUGAUCUCCUGGUGAAAUCGAAAGCCAAUCUUGUUAUAUCUCUGAUCAAUGACCCGAAAUACUUCGAAGAAGAAUGGCUCCAGAGCAGGAAGGUCAUAAAGCACAUGGGCAAGGACCUGUUUAUCGAUGAGGUCUAUAAUGUUCGAGGAAGAAGUGUAAGAAGACUUAGGUACAUCAACUGGGUUGACUUCUCUGUGAUCACGCAGGAGGAAAUGGAGACUUUCCACUCCUAUUUCGACUCAAUCCGCACAGACCCUGUGGUUGUGCACUGCAUUGCAGGUGUUGGAAGGACAGGGACGUUCAUUAUGUAUGAUAUUCUUAAAAAAAUGAAGGGCAUCACUCUAGAUACAUUUGUGGAUGUCUUCCUAAAUCUUAGGAGUAAAAGAGCGCAUCUUGUGACGAACAAAGCUCAGCUGGAAUUCUUAAAAGAUAUUUUCCUGAAGGAUUAA